AUGGUGUUAAUCUAUGUGGAUGAUAUUAUUGUGACUGGUAACAAUGUUGGUAAACUUAAUCAGUUCAUCAACAAAUUACAUGCCAUAUUUGCUCUAAAAGAUUUAGGUCCUCUGCACUAUUUUCUCGGAAUCGAAGUGCAUCGUGAUGAAACCGGUCUCUAUCUAAAUCAAGGCAAGUAUGUGAAGGAACUUCUGCACAAAACUGGCAUGAUGCACCUAAAACCAUGCUCAACCCCGAUGAUAGGAGGCAAACCAUUGUCCAAAGCAGAUGGAGAUCCUCUUCCAAACCCGACUAGCUACAGGAGCAUCAUUGGAGGACUUCAAUAUCUUACACAUACCAGACCUGAUCUUUCAUUUGCAGUAAAUAAAUUGAGCCAAUUUUUACAAACUCCUACCACAAUUCAUUGGAGGGCUGCAAAGAGAGUACUUAGAUACUUAAAAGGGACCGUGUAUCAAGGACUGCACAUCAAAAACUCAGACAGAUUAGAAAUUACAGGGUACUCGGAUGCAGACUGGGCAUGUUGUCCAGAUGAUCGAAGGAGUGUAGCUGGUUAUUGUGUUUAUCUUGGAGAUACUUUGGUGUCAUGGUCAUCCAAAAAACAAGCAGUAGUGUCCAGGUCCAGUACGGAGUCGGAGUACCGAGCACUAGCUCAAGUUGCAGCAGAGAUUACGUGGAUACAAGCUCUACUGAAGGAAUUUGAUUUUCCUCUACAAAACACACCAAUAACGUGGUGUGACAAUAUGGGAGCAAGUGCAUUGGCAGCAAACCCGGUAUAUCAUGCUCGUACAAAACACAUAGAAUUGAAUGUUCAUUUUGUACGAGACAAAGUUCUUGAUAAGUCUUUGGAAAUUAGAUACGUUCCUUCCAGUGAUCAAGUGGCAGAUUGCUUAACUAAGAGUCUCACCAAUUAUAGGUUUCAUUUCUUAGUGGACAAACUUGGUGUAGUUGACACACCACCAAGUUUGAGAUGGGCUGUUAAGAAAUGA